AUGGGUUCCGACGACAAGGUCGACAAGUCCAAGGUGCACAAGCUCGCCCUCAAGGGCAGCGCGAAGCUUGUCGCUGAGUUCUUUCAAUACUCGAUACACACCAUUCUUUUCCAACGAGGUGUCUAUCCUGCGGAAGACUUCUCUGCCGUCAAGAAAUAUGGCCUCAACAUGCUAGUAUCAUCCGACGACCAGGUCAGGGCAUACAUCAAGAAGAUCAUGGGCCAGCUGGACCGCUGGAUGCUUCGCGGAAAGAUCUCCAAGCUCGUCAUCGUCAUCACCGACAAGGACACGGGCGAGCACGUCGAGCGCUGGCAGUUUGACGUGCAAAUCUUUGGCAAGUCAAAGUCAAAGUCCAAGUCGAGCUCAAAAGCAGCAGACCAGGAGAACGUCGCACCCGGCGGCGGGUCAGCGGCGGCCGAGGCCGCGCCCGAGAAGACGGAAAAGGAGAUCCAGGACGAGAUCGCCGCCAUCUUCCGCCAGAUCACCGCCUCCGUCACCUUCCUCCCCCAGCUCGCCGGCGACUGCACCUUCAACGUGCUCGUCUACGCCGACGCCGACAGCGAGGUGCCCGUCGAGUGGGGCGACAGCGACGCAAAGGAGAUUGAGAACGGCGAACGCGUCCAGCUGCGUGGCUUCAGCACCAGCAACCACCGCGUCGAUACCCUCGUCAGCUACCGUCUGGCCGAGUGA